UCACGUGUAAAUAUAGCAGGCAGUCAACGGGAACAUGGCGUCCGGUCCAGCAGAACAUUAUUACCCAAGAGGAACGACCUUUAGUGAAGAAAAUCACGAUAGAUUUAUUUUCAAACGGCUUGGACAGAUGCGUUACCAUUCAGUCUUGACCGAUGUGAUAUUAAAUGUUGAAGGUCGGCAGUUUCCCGCGCAUAAAAACGUUUUAGCAGCGAGUAGUGAUUACUUCAUGGCGAUGUUCAGUGGACAUAUGGCCAUUGCUAGUAAUACUGUUGAUGUCCACGAGAUAUCUGCUGGUGCAAUGGAGCUUCUACUUGAUUAUGUGUACACUGGUUUCCUUGAAAUCAAUGAAGACAACGUAGAGGAUAUUUUCUGUGGAUCGUGUUUGCUGCUUCUUGACUCAGUUACCCAGGCGUGCUGUAGAUUCAUUCAAGAACGCUUGACUUUAGAUAACUGCUGGGGGAUUCGUACUUUGGCGGAUAAAUUUGACUGUCGAGAUAUGCUGAAUAACGUAAACAAAUUCAUCGAAGAGAGCUUUACUAAGAUUGUUGAAGCUGAUGAAUAUCUUCUUCUUCCAAGACAAGAAAUUGCGAAGUUAUUGGACGAUGAUGCUAUCGUUGUUCCUAAUGAGGAAGUGGUCUUCGAAGCUCUGAUGAAGUGGAUGAAUCAUGACCUUGAAAAUCGCAAAGCGGACUUUCCAUAUUUAUUGCAAAAGGUGAGACUGCCUCAAGUAAAACCAGAAUAUUUUGAAACAUUUAUAGCCAGGAACGAAUUAGUUAAAGAAAUCCCAGAAGCCAAUGAAAUAAUAGCUGAUGCGAGAGAGAAAUUCUACAGCUUUGAAGACACACAAGAGAUUGUCUGCAACUCUGACAGUACUUUUAAUGAAGCAGCAAAGAAACAAAGGGUCAACUGGGAGAGCCCAAGACGAUGUCUUAGAUUCCUUGAAGUUGUUGUCACUGUUGGUGGGGGUGCACUGUGUGAAUUUUUUGAUGCAGAUUAUAAUGCCUGGGUGCCAAUAACACCUCCUCUUACCAGACACUGCCCAGGAUUAGAGACUCUGGACAAUCAUAUUUACAUUGUUGGUGGGAGUAAAGAGUGGAAAAGGUCUGACAGAUGUGAGAGGUAUGACCCAGAGCUCAACGAAUGGGUGGUGCUUAGCCCAAUGAAGAUCACUAGAAGCAAUAUUGGGUUAGUCAAUCUAAAUGGGUACCUGUAUGCUAUUGGUGGUUAUGAUGGCCGUUCACCUGUCAGAGUUGUUGAGUGUUACAACCCCAAGAAGGAUGAGUGGACAUAUGUGAAGGAAAUGAACAAUUGUCGUGAUGGGGCAUGUGUUGUGAGCGAUGGCAUGUAUAUCUAUGCAAUAAGUGGUUAUGAUGGAAAUAACUACCUAAGCAGUGUCGAGGUGUAUGAUCCAAUCUCUGACAAGUGGACAGUAGGAGAAGUUGACCCUAUUGUUGAGCGAAGAGAAGAUGCCAUGGCUGCAGUAGUUGAUGGAAAAAUCUACGUCAUUGGUGGGGAACACCACAACACCUUCUUGGCAUCAGUCGAAGAACUUGACUUGGAUACCAUGAAAUGGGACUUCAAGACCCCUAUGAGUGGGUCCCGUUACCAAGCAGGUGUAGCUGUGUUAAAUAAAACAAUUUAUAUCUGUGGGGGGUGGACUGGGGAAGGUUUGGCUUCUUCCUCCGUUGUUUGCUAUGAUAUUACUACCGAUUCUUGGUCUGAAGUUGCUUCGUUACCAGCGCCUUCAGCUGCUCGCACCACAUCUUGUCGUUUCCCUCGUACUCAGAUAGAAAGGCUUAGGAAAAGCAAGAAUAGGAAAUCUGGGAAUGGAAGUGAUGCAAACAAUGCCAAUAAUGAUCUUGGGAUAAAAUUAACUUAAUGGAUUUUUUUCUGG